AGUGUUGACUGAAAAUUCGAAAGCUCGUGUAUUUUAUUUUAGCUUGUUGCUUUGUAGAAAUUAGUAGUCUGCCUUCAAACUUCCGUGCAAAUGAUGCAUAGAAUAUUCAACAGAAUAACAUACAGUUUUAGCGUCACUUGAAUAUUAAAAUACACACUUUACGCUUCACAAGUUGCGGGAGACCUGAAGUCUUUGAGCAAAUAUUUAUUUGUGUUAUUUGAAAAGCCUAGUGCGUCCAACAAUUAAGGAGAAGAGAGAAAAACGUCGUAAACACCAUUCAUCAGAUAGCAGCAGCGUUGCCAACCUAACAGUCACAGUCAUUUCAUUCUCUUUUGUGCAGUGUGAUAUUCCAUUUGGCUCUUAGUCACAAUUUAAAAAAUUCAAUAAAAAAUCUAUCAAAAUGGAAGUUGCAUUGAAUCCAAUUCGUAUAUUGAAAAAUGAGGCAUACGAAGAGAAAGCCGAAAUCGCUCGGUUGUCAUCGUUUGUCGGUGCAAUUGCAAUUGGUGAUUUGGUGAAGAGCACACUGGGCCCAAAGGGAAUGGAUAAAAUCUUGUACUCAUCGGGUCGGAAUGCUGGUCAAGUGGAAGUGACCAAUGAUGGUGCCACAAUUUUGAAAGCUGUCGGUGUGGAUAAUCCAGCUGCAAAAAUCCUUGUCGAUAUGUCACGUGUGCAAGACGAUGAAGUCGGCGAUGGCACCACAUCAGUCACAGUGCUCGCCUCUGAAUUGUUGCGCGAAGCCGAAAAGUUGAUUGAAAAGAAAUUACAUCCACAAACAAUCAUUGCUGGUUAUCGUUUGGCUGCCGAUGUGGCUCGUGAUGCAUUGACCAAAUUCGCACAAGACAAUUCUAAAGAUGAAGCCGCAUUCAAAGCGGAUCUGUUAAACAUCGCUCGCACCACAUUGAGCUCGAAAAUUUUGUGCCAGCACAAAGAUUUCUUUGCAAAUUUGGCUGUCGACGCUGUACUUCGUCUUAAGGGAUCUGGUGAAUUGAGCGCAAUCCAAAUCAUCAAGAAGAGUGGCGGUGUGUUGGAAGACUCAUUUCUCGAUGAAGGUUUCUUAUUGGACAAACGACCCGGUGUACAUCAACCAAAACGCAUUGAAAAUGCCAAAAUCUUGAUCGCCAAUACACCGAUGGACACAGACAAAAUCAAAGUGUUCGGUUCAUCAAUCAAGGUCGAUUCAAUGGCCAAGAUUGCCGACUUGGAAAUGGCCGAAAAGGAAAAAAUGAAAGACAAAGUCAACAAAAUUUUGAAUCACAAAUGUAACGUUUUCAUCAAUCGUCAGUUGAUCUACAACUAUCCAGAACAAUUGUUUGCCGAUGCUGGUGUCAUGGCAAUUGAACACGCUGACUUUGAUGGAAUCGAACGUUUGGCCUUGGUCACCGGCGGUGAAAUCGUUUCAACGUUCGAAUGCCCGGAUCAAGUGAAAUUGGGUAGUUGUGACCUCAUCGAACAAGUGAUGAUCGGAGAAGAUACUUUGAUUCGUUUCAGCGGCGUUGCUUUGGGUGAAGCCUGUACCAUUGUUAUCCGUGGUGCCACACAACAAAUCAUCGAUGAGGCCGAACGUUCAUUGCACGACGCACUUUGCGUAUUGGCUGCUACUGUCAAGGAAUCACACAUCAUCUACGGAGGUGGUUGCUCAGAAACUUUGAUGGCCGUCGCCGUUUCAAAGGUUGCCACCGAAACCGCUGGAAAGGAAUCAAUCGCUAUGGAGUCAUUUGCACAUGCUUUGUUGCAAUUGCCAACCAUAAUCGCCGACAACGCCGGUUAUGAUUCAGCUGCUUUGGUUGCUGAAUUACGGGCCGCUCACGUUCAGGGCAAACAUUCUUCCGGUUUGAGCAUGGACGAGGGCAAAGUGGACUGCAUGAAGAAAUUGGGCAUUACCGAAUCAUUCGUCGUUAAGCGUCAAGUAUUAGUUUCGGCGACCGAAGCAGCUGAAAUGAUUCUCCGAGUGGAUAACAUCAUCCGAGCUGCUCCACGCAAACGGGUCCAGGACCGUGGAAUGUGCUAAACAUCGAUCAAAUUAACCUCUAGCGCUUAUCACAGUUACUCUCACUCAUUCUUAAUUUCACUUGUCUAUUAAUUUAACCUCUUUCAAUCGAUGCAUUUUACUACACUAUUUCAAAAAUAAAGAAAAUAACGGCAUUUAUGCUAUUUUUCUGAACAUGGGAACGCUUUAAUUAAUACGCAAACACAAAAAAAAACACGAUUAUAAACAAUACUAUCGAAUAAAUAACAUUUUCAACAAGAAA